AUGGCACUUACUAUUGGGCUGAUGGAAGGAAGUAUGUGGGUGAAUGGGCUAAUGGCGUUCGCAAUGGACAAGGAGUAUUUACAUGGCCAAGUGGCGAUCGAUAUGAAGGGAGUUGGAAAAACGACACGAUGCAUGGUCAUGGCACUUACUAUUGGGCCAGUGGAGGCAAGUAUGUGGGUGAAUGGGCCGAUGGUGAUUUCAAUGGGGAAGGAGUGCGUACAUGGCCAAACGGCAAUCGAUAUGACGGAAGUUGGAAAAACGACACAAUGCAUGGUCAUGGCACUUACUAUUCGGCCAGUGAAGACAAGUAUGUGGGUGAAUGGGCCGAUGAUGUUCGCAAUGGGCAAGGAGUGCAUACAUUGCCAAACGGCGAUCGAUAUGAAGGGAGUUGGAAAAAACGACACGAUGCAUGGUCAUGGUACUUACUAUUGGGCCGAUGGAAGGAAGUAUGUGGGUGAAUGGGCUGAUGAUGUUCGCAAUGGGCAAGGAGUACUUACAUGGCCAAGUGGCGAUCGGUAUGAAGGAAGUUUUAAAAACGAGAAGAAGCAUGGUCAUGGCACUUACUAUUGGGCCAGUGGAGGCAAGUAUGUGGGUGAAUGGGCUGAUGAUGUUCGCAAUGGGCAAGGAGUGCAUGCAGUGCCAAACGGCGAUCGAUAUGAAGGAAGUUGGAUAAACGGCCAGAAGCAUGGUCGUGGCACUUACUAUUGGGCCAGUGGAGGCAAGUAUGUGGGUGAAUGGGCCGAUGAUGUUCGCAAUGGGCAAGGAGUGCAUGCAGUGCCAAACGGCGAUCGAUAUGAAGGAAGUUUUAAAAACGACAAGAAGCAUGGUCAUGGCACUUACUAUUGGGCUAGCGGACACAAGUAUGUGGGUGAAUGGGCCGAUGAUGUUCGCAAUGGGCAAGGAUUAUUUACAGGGUCAAACGGCGAUCGAUAUGAAGGAAGUUGGAAAAACGACAAGCAGCGUGGUGAUGGCACUUACUAUUGGGCCAGUGGAGGCAAGUAUGUGGGUGAAUGGGCUGAUGGUGUUCGCAAUGGGCAAGGAGUGCAUACAUUGCCAAACAGCGAUCGAUAUAAAGGAAGUUGGAAAAACGACAAGAAGCAUGGUCAUGGGACUUACUAUUGGGCCAGUGGAGGCAGAUAUGUGGGUGAAUGGGUCAAUGAUGUUCGCAAUGGGUAA